AUGGACGAUUCGAUCGAUGUUACCCAUGCGACUACUGGGACUGUCGAGAUACCUUCAUAUCGACCUGAUGCAAAGACUAGACGAUAUGAUAGACAAUUAAGACUGUGGGCUUCAGCCGGUCAGAGAUCGCUCGAAUCAGCCAGAGUUUUGCUGGUAGGAUGCGACGCCACGGGAUGUCAAGCGUUAAAGAACCUCGUACUUCCUGGUAUAUCUCAUUUUACCAUCCUUUCACCUGACCUCACCACUUCUCAAGACGUAGCUACCAACUUCUUCCUCCAUCCUGAUUCUGUUGGAUCUCCGAUAGCUGAGCAGAGUGUCAAGUAUCUGAAAGAGCUUAAUCCUGCUGUCGACGGAUCUGCUAAAGUCGAAGAGCCGUCUUCUCUCCUCGUAUCCGAACCAGAUUUCAUCACAUCUUUUACCCUCAUCAUCGCUUCAAACAUUGAGCCAUCCCUCGAACUUCGAUUAGCAGAUCUUCUCUGGGAUGUGUCGAAUGGUGUCGGUGGACCUGAUAUUCCGUUGAUUGCAAUCAGAAACUCAGGGUUUAUCGGUAGAGUGGAAAUCCAACUUAGGGAGCAUAGUGUGGUUGAUACUCAUCCUGAUACUACUCAUACUCUUCGACUUGAUUCUCCUUUCCCUUCUCUUGAACAACAUGCACGAUCGCUCGAUCUCUCUGCAAUGGACAGUAUGGAGCAUUCUCAUAUUCCAUGGGUAAUCUUAUUAGUGAGAGCAGCAAGUAUAUGGAAAGAAUCGCAUGGUGGUAAACUACCUGAAACGAGUGAAGAAAAAGCGGAAUUUAAGGAAUUGCUCAAGAAGGAUAAGGUGAAAGGUGAUGAGGAGAAUUAUGAGGAAGCUUUGGCUCAAGCCUACAGAGUUUGGUCUAAGUCCGAGGUUCCAUGGGAGAUCAAGCAACUGUUGGAGGAUGACAGUGUCAAGAAUAUAUCCUCCAGUUCAAAGAAUCUACACAUACUCCUUCAUACCCUUUCUCAAUAUACUGCUACUCCACCACAUCUACCGCCUACUUCGCCCUCUUUACCCGAUAUGCAUUCAUCAACAACCUCAUACGUGCAUCUUCAGAACCUUUAUAAGAAGGAAUACCAAUCUGAUUUAGCUCGAUUCAAGACACUUCUCGCUGAGGUGCUUCAGAAGAUUGGGUUGGAAGACGGUACGAUACCUGACGAGGAGGUUGAAGGGUUUGUGAAGAAUGUAGGCGGAGUGGGGAUGAUCAAAGGUACUCCAUUAAGGGAAAGGAAGGAAGGUAAAGGAUUGAUCGCUCAGUCAAUCGCUGAUUAUCAGUAUGACGAGUAUGACGGCUCGACAACUUGUUUCGCCAUGCACCUCGCUCUUUUGGCGUCGGAGAGAUUCUAUAUCGUCCAUAAGAGAUGGCCGGGGGUGAAGGGCAAAUCGGAUAUGUCAGAGGAUAAUCGAGAGGUCGAAGAGAUCCUAAAGGGUAUAUUGGGAAAGAAAGAUUUGGAAGAAGUGGAUGAUAUAUUUGUGGAAUGUAUUGCUGAGAUAACAAGAGGAGGAUCCGGCACGUUACCCACAACAGCUGCGUUUUUAGGUGGUAUAGUAGCUCAGGAAGCCAUCAAAUUGGUGACUAACCAAUAUACACCUUUGGAUAAUACGGUGAUUGUAAAUUUGGUGAAGAGUGAAUCGGCCAAAUUCAAACUGUGA